CAGGCUUUCUCGGGUCCUCCAUACCACCUCAUGAACUCUACCACUCUUUUCACAACAUCAUCGGCGUCAUUAACUUUAUCCCCUCCUCGCCCACCUUUUAACGUUUCUUCCCUCUUCUCUCCCCUUGCUCCCCGCCGUCCUUCUGAUCCCUCUUCUUCUUCCGCUGCCGCCUCCUCUGCCAGGAAUGCCUCGCUUCCUUCCGCCCUGCAGACGAUCGUCGGUAUCUUAUCAUGGCCACCACCCUUGAACAACCCGCCCCCGUCGAACGUGUUGCCAUCGGGCGGUCCCGGUCAGCCCGCCUGGCGGGUCAAGCUGCAACUGCGGCGCUCUACGUGACCCAUCCGGAGCGAAGGUUAUCCGUUCGCGAGCCCUCCACUGCGGAAUCUGAAUUGGCCAUCUUGAAGGCGACAGGCUCCCGUCCUGGCUUUAGUCAUGCAUCUGCAGUGGCUGCGCUGGCCCACGCCCGAUCCAGAGGACGGGUGACAAAAGGAUCGGCCACAGCACAACAUGUGGAGGACAAUCGCGCGGCCGAGGUGCCAAGCCUCGAAGGAUAUAAGGCUGCUGCAUACGUUUUCAGGGACCGCCGGUCGGUAGUCAGCCCCUCCGAGUCUCCAGAUAUCAAGUAUGACUUGUCCGGAGCUCGUCAGAUGCCUGAGACGCGUUCCGGCACGACAGGCCGAGAUAGAACCCAUUAUGCUGUGACGGGGGCUCUAUAUGCCAACAGAAGGAGAGCCGAUUCUGCACCGUCGGAGGCGCCUCACGCAGGCAUGGACGCGGACGAGGUCCUCGGCGAUCUCGACAGUGCCAUGGAAGCCAGUAGGAUUCAGCACAUUGCCAACACCAAUGCUCGUCUUUACACUGCCUCCCCGCCUGUCUCUCCCGAGCUGGAGGAUCAUAAACGGAAGAGCAUUCUGCAGGCCGCAGCAGUCUCCAUGGCGCGUGACAUGUAUGCGGUCGUUGAGGCCAAGGAACAAGAACAAAAAAGCUCCGGUCGAAUCACAUCUCAGCGAACAGCAACUGGGGCCGAGCCAAUGAUUCUGCAACAAGCUUUCAGCCUACAGGAUGCUGCUGAGAAGCGUGCGGCGGAGAAAUUGGCCAGCAUGCAGGAUGAGACGGCAAUCUACCGUGAAUAUUACGGAAUCGAGCCGCAGACGACGCGCUCUAGCUUGCAGGUCCGUAGACGGCGACUGUCGAUUGACACGGAUGCUUCUUCGGUUGAUGCGGAGCGCUCGAAGGAAAUUCGAAACCAGAUGUACAGUUUGAGAUCUAAGCUGGAUGCGGUGGAUGAGCGCAGAGAAAAGGAUCGCGCACUCCUGAUGGAGGCUGCGAGGAGGAACGUCGAUGCGACCAUCCAAGACAUGGAGAUGCGUGUUUAUGCCACGACUGGGCGUGCCCCCGCAGCCAUGCAAAAGGAAAUGGAAGAAACUGCACUGGCCCGCGCGAAGCAGAGACAGAAGACAGAUGCGCAGUACCAGCUGGCUGAUCGCGUGAAUAUCAGCUCCGAGAAGUACAUCGACAUGGCAGAUGUGGAGGCUCUUGCCCGUUCCAGGUUGCAGCCAACCUUUGACGAGAUCACGGACCGUGCGGAAACCAAGCGGGCCAGGGAGUUAGAGCAGCGUUUAGAUCAGGAAGAGGCACAGAGACGGGACGCCAUCCAGCGCGAGCGAGACGCUGACACCAGGGCGGAAGAGAAACGACUGAGAGCGGCUCUGAAAUCCGAAUCCAAGUUGAAGGAUGAAAAGGCUCGGCUAUGGAACAGGAAGUCAAAGCGGUUUUCCGACACCACAGCUGGCGAAAGAUACACCGUAAACGGGGCCGUCGACGGAGCGGUAGACGAGGCACCCGCUGAGACUGCGCCGCGGCAGACCUCGGUGGGAGAUAUCGAGGCUACAGUUUCAGGUGCUGCUGGGGAAACCAGUCCCACUGAGGGCGUUUCCAAAUCUGAGUCGAAGCUGAGGACCUGGUUCAAGGGAAGACUGGGCCGUCGGUUCAGUGGCACCGCAGGGGAAACCGCAAAGGCAGGCAAGGGCACCCAGGAAGGCGCUGUCCCAGCGGAGACAGGGGCAGUGGCGCAACGGCCAGAGGAGACCGGAGCGGUGGAAGCGGUGGAAGCCGAGUCCCAGGAGAGCCGGGUAUCCCAGCCAGUGCAGGGAUCUGAAGCUGAAGAAGGACAGACUUGGGAAAUCGCCCACCCAGCUGAGAAGGAUCCCGAGGUCCCCGAACUACCGGCUGCACCUGUAGCCCCUGAAAUAUCUGGACAAGCAGCUGUUGAGGACGACUCGCGGGGAGCGGCGCUUAGAUCCCAUCCUGUGACGGCCAAUGACCUGACCAGGAUGUCGAUCAGUGAGGGUCAGGUGGAUAAGAGACAAGCCGAGGACCACGCUGGUCAGCAAUCACCCGACAGCAAAGAGGAAUCUGCGGCGGACAAGCGCAAUCGGCUGGUGACCGGCUUCAAGAAGAUUGUUUCCAAGAACUCGCAGGAGGCGAAGAUGGACGGGAUUGGGAGCAAUGACAUGGCUCGUCGAAGCUCUCAAGCGAUCCCCACUCCGACAGUGGAGACGGAAGAGCGACAGCUAAGUGUCCCUGACGCAGGUCUGACGGUUCCUGCAGCCGUGGGGAAGCGAGCGAGCAGCGGCACCGGCCGGGAAUCGCGGUUCUCCGAGAAGCUAUGAUUGCGAGGGGGAGGGAUUUUGCUUUCCGGGUGUUUUUCUUUCAUUCUUUCUUUCCUAAUAGUUUCUCGUGGUUGCGAUUAUGAUUGAAAUGUUGGUAUUUCCGGUGUACUUUUCCGGUGGGCAGGGGAGACUGGGUACAUAAUCACUAAGUAAUGUUAUGUUGUAUGGGAG